AGCAAAGAGGAACACAGACACUUUAUAAAGCUUUUUUCUGUUUGUUUAAAGUUCUGUCUUUUGUUUCUAUUGCUUUUCAAUUUCAUAAAAGACUUCUAUUGCUGCCUUAAUUUACCAAUUUUACUUUUUUUUUUUUCUCGUUUUCUAUAUUUUUCAUCCCCCCUUCGAUCCUACCGAUUUCUGUGGAAAAAUAAAGUUAUGAAUAACACAAGCUUUCAACAACAUAACAAAGUGAAUGCUGAUUUUCACCACCACCAGCGUAUAGCAACAGCUCCUCAAGUGCCAUCUUCCGCGAACCUAAGCUUUUAUGAUCCUAGAACAAAUUAUUAUACGCCUACAGAACAUUCUGUUCCGCUGCCAACGUCUUAUGCCCACAGUACCUCUCAAUGCCGGAGUCAAAGUCAGCGUAUGCCUUCGGUCACGUCCGUUACUACCUUACCCUCCGCUACAGACGAGAUUUCAAGGAAUAAGUCACUCCCUCCUUUAUCCCAUUUAUUGACGUCGAAAAGUAACCAACCUAAAAACGCCAAGAACAGCAGUAGCCCAGUAGAGAAGAGCCCUCCCUCUUCCAUUCAUGUCGAAUCAACACAGGAACUUGAUGCUCGCUAUCAGCAUCCGAGUCUAUUAGAACAAGAAAUGCCUCCAACGUCUUCCACAGUUGCCACGAUUCAGCCAAACAUGCUGAAAAAUGUCGCCCCUAUGCCUUCCAGACCCUACCUAUCGCACAAUACAACCUUUUCUAUGACAGCCACACCUCCUGUUCCUUCUCAGUCACCACUUGGUGAAUCUCCAGCAGCCUACAGAAAACACCAGGCCGGAACAUACUCCACAUCCAACCCUACUGCAGGAGGCUAUUAUAUGCUAACAACCAAUGACGGAAACCAUCACAGUCAAUACGAUCCUCCACCACCCAAUCCGAUGGUACCAUUAUCAUCUGAUUUGAGUUUGCUUCCCACCACUACGGCAGCCUCACAUCAUAACACAGCAACAACUCCUAUUUAUACUCCACCCACCGCCACUACCGUUGUAACAAAUGAGAUAAACCUUAAUACUUUGCCAAGUCGACAAUUCUAUUCUUUACCCUCGCCUCCUACUUCAGUGAUUGAUGGUAUGCUUAUAACAGCAGAUCCUAAUCAUCCACUGGCAAACAUUCCUUUGCAUCCACCGAAUGUACAUUCAAUGGCUACAGCCGCUCAUACCGAUCAGCCUCAUCAAAAGGUUUUUUCCUUUGUACCCUUGCCGGGACCCAACCAAAAAAAGCGACCACGACGAAAGUUCCAUGAAGUAGAACGGUUGUACCAAUGUAAUUACCAAGAUUGUGAAAAGGCGUAUGGCACAUUGAAUCAUUUGAAUGCUCACGUAUCUAUGCAAAGACACGGCCCAAAACGACAACCAUCAGAAUUCAAAGAGCUUCGCAAGAUAUGGAGACAACAGAAAAAGGAGCACAAGCAGCGAUUGAAUGAAACAAAUAAAACGCUCAGCAUCAUGAACAAUAAGAAGAGCAACAGCAAUAACAGCUCUAGUAUUUUGAACCAUCACCUUUCAGCAGCAACAACGACACGUACUCCGAGCGCUUACGACCAAGAUCAGCUCAUCAGCAGCUCAGCUGUGGUAGCAACUACGAACAAUGUUCUUGCCUCACCAAAUACUCCUACUCUAUAUAACUAUUAUCAUCAUCAACAUCAUUUUACGCCUACUCCAUCUAUGACACACUAUAUGCAACAUCAUCAACCUUCCUAUCCUAUGCCACCCCCACCUCCGCCCCCUCCCCCUCCUCCUUCGUUGUCCACCCAUUGGAUGAACACCAGUAGACUUCCACCUCACCCACAGCAUGCAGUGCCACCACCUCCAUCAGCAAGCUUUGCAUCUCGUGGCUAUUGAAAUCGACAUACCGUGUCCCUACCUUCCUUCUAAACCCCCCUCAAAACCUUAAUGAACUAUACUCUUCCAAGUUCACUAUUUACCAAUCAUUAUUGAAAGUUUGCCUCUACAGCCUUUGUAUCAUUAUUCCCAUUGACAUUGUACAUAUGUAAUAUUUUUUCCUCUCAAAAAUAAUGGCUUAUUGUUUGUCAGAGAGAAAAUGAAAUGUGUGCGCUAUAUCCUGAUUACUAUUUUUAUCACAGCUAAUUUUUAUUAAAUUGUACGUCUUUCU